CUCCCUCUGAGAUUUACUAUAUACAGAAACGCUAAAGCCACAGCUUUUGCAUUUUCUUAUCGUCUUCUGCUUCAAGCAAUGCCACGUUUAACAAAUGUAUUAGUCUUAAAAUCUUGAUAUAUUAAAAACUAAAACGUUGUAGUUAAUUUUGUAUAUAAUCUUUAAAUUUUACACGAAUAAAUGAUUAACUUAUUAUAUAUACGUGGUAUACAAAAUAUCCAAAGAUAACAAUAUAUGAUCUAUAGAAUAUGAGUGAUUCAUGUUGUCAAAAUAAUAAUUAAAAACAGUUGACCAAAUAUUUUUCCAAUAUUCUCUCUGAUAUUUUAUAGUAUUUUUUUCUAAACAGAAAUUACAUUUUCUUAUGAAACAAAAUAACUUUUAAUUUUGUUUUUGUUUUACUAGAUUGAGUUUAAGAACCGUCAUAAAAGCAUGAACCAAAGCAAAUCAGGAUAUUAUACUUGUAUAUAUACAGCAAGAAUAAUAGAAAAAGAAGAAGCCAAACCAAACAAGGCGUUUAUAAAAGAGGGAAGAAAGUUACAAAAGAAGAAAACAGAGGACGAAGCAAGGCAAAUUAGCAAAGCAAACCAAAUAUGGAAAACUGCUACUUAUAGUAACUCCAUCUUUUUAUGCAAUACCCUAAUUUUGAGAAGAAGGAGAAGAUGGGGAGAGGAAGGAUUGAGAUUAAGAAGAUUGAGAAUGUGAACAGUCGUCAAGUCACUUUCUCCAAAAGACGUAACGGGUUGAUGAAGAAGGCCAGAGAGCUUUCUAUCCUCUGUGACGCUGAGGUUGCUCUUAUCAUCUUCUCUAGCACCGGCAAGGCUUACGAUUUCUCCAGCGGCUGUAUGGAGCAAACCCUUUCAAGAUAUGGAUACAGUGGUGCGUCCCAUGAUCAUAAACAAAGAGAAGAACAACAACUUCUACUCUGUUCUUCACAAGAGAACGUUGCUAUGUUGCCAAAAGAUGAUGCUAUGAAGUCUGAAGUUGAGAGAUUACAGCUUGCAAUUCAGAGGCUGAAGGGUAAGGAGCUUGAGGGUAUGAGUUUCUCGGAUCUUAUCUCUCUUGAGAACCAGUUGAAUGAUAGCUUGCAUAGCGUCAAGGAUCAAAAGACUCAAAUCUUGCUCAACCAGGUAGAAAGAUCCCGGUUAAAGGAGAAAAGAGCGUUGGAAGAGAACCAAAUCUUGCGUAAACAGGUAGAGAUGUUGGGGAGAGGUUCAUCAGGACCAAAAGGGCUGAGUGAAAUACCUCAGUUCUCUAGCCCACAAGCAGAGCCUGAGAGCUCUUCAUCAGACGAUGAUGACGAGAACGACCCCCAUUCCGACACUUCCUUGCAGCUGGGGUUGUCGUCAUCGGGGUAUUGGACAAAGAGAAAGAAGCCGAAGAUUGAAUCGCCCUAUGAUAACUCUGGAAGUCAAGUUGCUUCUGAUUAAUUAAUAUCAAUUGUUAAUCUCCUAAUUAUGGUGUUUAGUAGAGGUUUUAAUGGUGUAUUAUCAUUGUUUCUCAAGUAGAGUUUUAAUUAUGUGUUUAGGUGAACAUUUUUUCCUUUUUAUCAAGAAGGAUUUGAAUAAUCAAAGAAAACAUUAGUUUUUCUUACUAAA